CCGGAGUUCAUGGCCCCAGAGAUGUACGAGGAGCACUACGAUGAGUCCGUGGACGUCUAUGCGUUUGGCAUGUGCAUGCUGGAGAUGGCCACGUCUGAAUACCCAUAUUCAGAGUGCCAGAACGCCGCUCAGAUCUAUCGCAAGGUCACCAGCGGGGUGAAGCCUGCCAGUUAUAAUAAGGUGAUGGAUCCUGAGGUGAAAGAGAUCAUUGGCGAGUGUAUUUGUCAGAAUAAGGAGGAGCGUUACUCCAUCAAGGACCUGCUGAAUCACGCGUUCUUCGCAGAGGACACCGGCGUGAGGGUGGAGCUGGCGGAGGAGGACGACGGCUUGAAGACGUGCAUCGCGCUGAAGCUGUGGGUGGAGGAUCCCCGCAAGCUGAAGGGCAAGUACAGGGACGGAGGAGCCAUCGAGUUCAGCUUCGACCUGGAGAAGGAGGUCCCUGAAGCCGUGGCGCAGGAGAUGGUGGAGUCUGGUUUCUUCCAUGAGAGCGAUGCAAAGAUAGUGGGCAAGUCUCUCCGUGACCGAGUGGCUCUGAUCAAGUGGCGCAGGGAGAGGACGGUGCCGAGGGCCUCCCAGGCCGUGCCAGGCGAGACGGGGCCCGUCCUCUGUGAACCGCCCAGUCUGCUGGAGCCUGAAGAGCCGGAGGUGGAUCAACAUGUCCUCGUGUGUCCGCUCGGUGCCAGGACCACCUCCACCACAUCUGACAGUGGCAUCGGCUCAACCGUGUACUCGGACUCCUACAGCAGUGGUCUGCACAGUGUCAUACACCAGUCAUUACAGGAAUCUGUCUCCACAGCAAACCAGCAGUAUUCUGUUCUGAGAGUCCAAAGCCAGGCUGCACCGGCUGCAGCUCAACACAUGCAGAUGUACCCUCCUGUCUCCUCAGAGUCCCCCGCGCAGGCCACCGGACAGAUUCUGUCCACUCCCCAGCCGCUGGCACUUCUGCAGGGCGUCUCAACUGCACCACAAACCGUGAAUCCACAGCAGCUUGCAUCUACAAGUCAGACUGCAGAGUUGAACACGCAUCCGAGUGCCACGCAUAGUGCCACGCAUUCGAGUUACCAUCCUGCCGCAGCAGAGCUAGCCAUUGCACACACAUUUCCACCCAUGCAGCACACUGAACUCAGUCUCCCAUCUAAAACAGAAGCAGUGCUGCCUGCAGAUCAGAGUUUUCAGAGCGGAGCAUCUGCACAGCCUCAACAAACACCUGUGUUACAACAUUUGCAGCAACCAACUGCGAAUGCCACAACAGAUGGGCAACACCGCAACUUCUCAAACGUGCAGCAAACUGCUCCUGUGCAGCUGAGCCAGACCAGCCCUGCACCACCUGUCCCACAGGGAACCCAGCACCAAACUGUACAUGUGGACCAGAACUCUUCAGGUAGCUCCGAUCACGCCCGUGUCUCUCAGAUGAUGACACACUUGACUCCAGCUCCUGCCCAGAGCUUCAGCUUCCCGUCCCACAGCAGCCAUAAUGUGCCUCAGCCUGCUACAGUACCGCAGCUCUCGCCCUUCAGACCCUUCCUCGACACAUUCGGCUCUGCUGUGACCGUGGACCAAAACCAGCCUCAUCAGCACUCCAGCCAAGCCUCUUUACCCCCCGUCCUGCAUGCUGGAGCCGGUGCCAGCCACCUGGGCAGCGGCAGUGCUACUCCAGUGCAGCAGCACAGCACCAGCGGCUGUGGAGGAUCCUCCACUGAAAUAUUCACUGAGGAGCAUGUUCCUGAUAAACAGGCAGCACCAGCUGGGUCCACUUAUGACAGUAUAAACUCAGAUGCCACAGCCGGUAAAGAGGUGAGCGAUGGGAACGAGGGUUCCAGCAGGGCUCGCAGUGAAUCACGAGUGCGAAAACCCAAUCGCAAAACGUCCCGCACACGCCUCCGCCAAGACAAGAUCAACAGACCCAAACUCACCAUGAUCAAAGUGUGUGACACAGGAGACAAGAUGGUGGAGUGUCAGCUGGAGACUCAUAACCAUAAGAUGGUGACGUUUAAAUUUGACCUUGAUGGAGAUGCUCCAGAGGAGAUUGCCACAUAUAUGGUUGAGAAUGAGUUUAUUCUGUUGCUGGAGAGGGAGAUGUUCAUUGAGCAGCUGAAGGAGAUCAUGGAUAAAGCUGAGGACAUUCUGAAUGAGGACGCUGAGGGUGAGAAUGUGUCUGUCCAGACCUCACCGCUCCAUCAGACACCCGUUGCAGCAGACUCCGGCACGAAGGGGUCAAAACCUGAGCGCACCCAGUCUGACCAGCUAGUCUACAAACAGAAUGUGCUUCACACCGGAAAGCGCUGGUUCAUCAUCUGUCCUGUGGCUGAGACGGCCGCGCCUGACAGAGAAGAGGCCGUCUCCAACCCAGAGAGCUCCUCUACAUCUCAAAUGCAGGAUGUCAACACAGCCAGUGCCAAACCUCUGCAGAAGCGGCCAUCAUUGCUCUCUGAGGUCACUCCGUUGACCGAGGGCUCUCAAGCUGCCUGUGCGGCGGGUGUUUCUGUGGUUUCUGACAUCCCGUGCUGCCCCCUUGUGCCUCCUGUUUCACUCGAUGUGGUGGCUCAGAAAGCCAUGGAGGGCCCUCAGCAGCCCGUCGCCCACACCAGCAGCCCCAGCUCAGAGCCGCCCGUGAGCCAGACCCAGCCCGUGGUGCUGCAGCAGCCCUUUGCCACAGCCACUCCACAGGCUUCUCCCCAGAGCCCCACCCAUCAGCCUCAGAGCCCCACCCAUCAGCCCCAGAAUGCCCCGCAGGUGCAGCCGGGCGAAUCAGAUGGGGAAGGGCCGCCCAGGCUGGAGUUUGCAGACAGAACCAUAAAGACUCUGGAUGAGAAACUGCGAAACCUUUUGUACCAAGAGUACCACCCCUCGCAAACCGCAAGUUCCGCCUCCGAGCCGCCCGGAUCACCUCAGCUGUCCGACAGCCAAGGCAGUGAUGGAGCCGUAAGGAAUGCAGAAAAACUGCCUCAGAUUCCAGAGAGGUCUGACAGUCUCGGGACCUUGAGUGAUUCCGCUGUUGCCCCCUUCAAAAGACUUCUGACCAGAAAAGACUCCGGGGCCGCUUCUGCUACACACACCUCUAAGAGCAACUUCCAGAUUGAGCCGACAGAUUCAGAUGUGUCUUCUCAUGAUGGUGGAGGAGAUCAUGUGAUUGAUUUUGAGUCUGUUCCUGUAACUGAGAAUGGACACAGAUCCACAUCAAAGUCACAAAGCAACCGUUGCUCAGCACCUCCUGACUUAUAUCAGGACACAACUACUUCCUUUCCAGAGGCCAGACCCACAAUGCCUUGCGCUCAGAGCUUGCUGUCAGCGGAUGGGACAGCGCAGUACCUGUCCUCUGACACAGGAGAGGAGGGUCAGAGCGAGACUUCGUCUGUUAAGCCCACUUCUCCAGCUCCUGCCCUGUCAGAAUGCAGCGGCGGGGACUUCAUGAAGCGGGCGGUGGCUUUCCUCCGGCACUCGGGUCACAGCAGCAGUGUCCAAAGCUCCGACUCGCCCCCUUGUCCUCUGGUGAACGGACACACCCCCUCAGUUAGCGGCCACGCCCACUCCGCUUACGUCAGCAGUGAUAACGACUCUGAAUUUGAGGACACUGAUAUGAAACGAGAGCUGCAGAAGCUGAGAGAGAAGCACAUGAAGGAGAUCUCCGAGCUUCAGGCUCAUCAGAGAGGCGAGAUCGAGCAGUUGUAUUCUCGGUUAGGUCAACCGGUUCCUCCCAGCAUGGGCUUCUUGCAUGCAGUGCCGCCUACAGGCCGCCGCCGCAGAGCCUCCAAACACAAGCUGAAGGGAAGCCGACUGCUCAAUCCCAUGGUGCAACAGCUUAGGAACAACCGAAGCAACAGCUCUACUGAGACGUGCUCCAGUGUGUCAGGGUCUCCGGUCAAGAGCUCGGAUCUGGGUAACAGCUCAGUGGGAUCCAGCACAGCCACGCUGAGCCCCGUGUCAGAACCACUGGAGCCGGUCCAGACUCAGCAACCCUGCUCGCUCAAGGGCUCUCUGUCCUCUGACAACAUCUACGGCCCCACCACACACACAGCACCCCGACAAGGCUGGACCGUUUACCACCAAACAUCUGAGCGAAUCACCUAUAAAUCUAGUAGCAAACCACGCACUAGAUUCCUCAGUGGACCCGUGUCUAUGUCCAUCUGGUCCACUCUGAAACGGCUAUGUCUAGGGAAAGAGCGCAGCAGUAGGUCUCACAGUACUGGUGCUGCCCAUGUGACUUCAGCAGCCAAUCAGAACCUGCCUCCCGCAGCCAUGCCUGCUUCAUCCUCUCGGCCAAUCACGGUGCUCGUUCAGGCUCAAGCAAACAACAGCAACAACAAAAGCGGUACCUUCACCGAUGACCUACACAAGCUGGUUGAUGAUUGGGCAAAAGAAACUCUUGCCUCCGCCCCUCAGCUCCGCCCCUCUGUGUGUCAGAGUAGACCGCAGAGAUCUCAUCAGUCCUUCCAGACCAACCCCACUCCAAUGGCCAGAGUCCCCAAUCAGAUAAGGGGAUCAAUCCCUCAGUCAGCUGUGAAGUUCCAUCUACCACUGUCCUGUCCUCUGUCAGCAGCUCUGGGUCCCAUCAUGCCUCAUGGCAUCACCAGCACCCCAUCACCCAUCCUCCAGCAGGGCGGAUACUUGAUGCCCACCGUCCCCUUUGCUGGGAUGAUGCCAGCCCCUGUGUAUCCAAACCAGUGGUCCGGUUUGCCCAGUCCAGUGUUUUCUACGGCCGGUAUGGUCCCGUACCCAGCCAUGGGCAGCCCAGCACUGCAGACUUUUCCUCUGGUGGUCAAAAGCCCAGACGCCCCGAUGUGCCCCAGCAAAGCCAGGACUGCAUAAGAGUGCCACCCUGCGCUCCAAACACAGCAACAUACACUGGUUUUUGCGUGAAGCUAAUCAAUGCACACUUGCAGAAGGAUAAUCAUGCAAACUCAACACAACUGAUUACAAGUCAAGUCACCUUUAUUUGUAUAGCGCUUUAUACAAUACU